UUUUCUCUUUCGAUCGCGUCUCAUUACGUCGAGUCUCAUAUAUAUCACUAUAAUACUAGUUAUCACAACGGCGCCACAAUUAUUGUUCAUCUCUCACCUUCACCUCUUGAACCACUGAUACAGUCUAGGGGGUUUUAACGUCCGAAGUUCCAUUCAAUGGCCACACGUAAGAUGCAAGAGCUCGCGUAUAUAAGUAUAAAUACAAACCCACCAUACAUUCCCCAUCUGCAGCGGAUUCUUUCUCUCAGGUUGACCUCAUGUUUUCCUUGCUGUUGGGUGCCCUGUACGCCCUGGCCUCUACGGUUUCAGGAGUAGCCUCAACUACUGUUCGGCGCACCGCAACGCCUUACACAGCGAAUGUCACAGACUGCCCAGGAUACACUCUAGGGUUGCUUCGGGAGUCUGACAUUGGUCUCACUGCUCAGCUCACACUCGCUGGACCGGCAUGCAAUGCUUUUGGACUCGAUAUCUCAGACCUAACCAUCGAAGUCACGUACCAGUCACAAUCCACUUUACAUGUCAAGAUUUACGACACUGCCAACCAACAAUUCACAAUCCCCGAGUCGGUGAUCGCACGGCCUGCCCCGCCAACGACAUCUUACACGAACGGCUCCGACCUGAUAUUCAACUACGAUACAACGCCUUUCGCAUUUUGGAUCACGAGACGCUCUGACUCGGACGCAAUGCCAUUGUUCGACACGAGAACUUCAUCGCUGCCACCGACUCCUAUUCCACCUUUCAAUGCAUCUGACCCAAGCACGGCAUUCGAUGGUUUUCCUCUUGUAUUCGAAGAUCAGUAUCUCCAGCUUACUUCUGCUCUGCCAUAUGGCACCAACAUCUACGGUUUAGGUGAAGUCAUUGCCAGCAGUGGAUUUAGACGCGACAUUGGAACAGAUGGGGGCGUGGGCACCAUUCAAACGCAUUGGAAUCUCGGGGUUUCGGAUCCUAUUGAUCAGAACUUGUAUGGUUCUCAUCCAAUCUACAUCGAACAUCGGUACAAUGCGACUACCGGAAAGGCGUCUGCCUCUGGUUUCCGCGGUUCAGAUAUCUUCUUGCAGACGCCCCCAAGCUCCAAGGUAUCAUUAAUCGAGUACCGCAUGAUUGGUGGUAUCCUGGACUUUUACUUCUUCUCUGGUCCUUCGGAUGCAGAAGUCAUUGCCCAGUACGGCUCAAUCAUUGGGUACCCUAUGUGGCAGCCAGCGUGGGGCUUUGGAUUCCACCUUUGCAGAUGGGGAUACCACAAUAUCAGUGACGACAGAGAAAACGUUGCGCAGAUGCGCGCUGCGGGUAUUCCCCUGGAAGUCCAGUGGAACGAUAUUGACUUGUACCACGCUUACCGCGACUUCACUACCGACCCAGUAAGUUUCCCUGGUGAUGAAGUUCGUGAGUUCAUCCAAGAAUUGGCCGCAAAUCAUCAACAUUAUAUCCCUAUUGUCGACGCGGCUAUCGCUGUCACGAGGAAUUCAACUGACGUCUAUGAUCCUUACACACGGGGUGUUGAAGAGGAUGUGUGGAUCAAGAAUCCAGAUGGGUCUCUAUACAUCGCCGAAGUCUGGCCCGGCUACACUGUUUUCCCGGACUGGUUCAGCGAAAAUAUGCUCUCUGUAUGGACCGACAGUCUCAAAAACUGGUCGGACAUGGGUGUGGAAUUCUCCGGUAUUUGGCUCGACAUGAAUGAGCCAAGCACAUUUUGUAGCUACUCCUGCGGGACUGGUGCGAACUUCUCUUCCGUCGGUCCCCUGACCGAUGUCAGCUCGGUGGUUAUCGGAUAUCCUGAAUGUUACAAUGAAACACUCUGGGGACCUAGUGGGAAUAUGACCAUCAAUGGUACCUCUACAUACUCAUGUGCCGCCAACUCGACCACUAUGACGAUGAUAGCAAAGCGGGGUGUUGGCGCAAGUAGCGAGGAAGAUGUUGAUCUCAACAACCCGCCAUACGCUAUCCAUAAUGCGGCCGGAUCUCUUAACCAGCACUCCCUGGCGACCAAUGCCACGCACUCCGGCGGAUAUGUGGACCUCGACGUACAUAAUAUGUUCGGGCUGAUGGAGGAAAAGGCGACGCACCUUGCUAUUCAGUCGAUCUUGCCUGAAAAGCGUCCAUUCCUGAUCAGUAGAUCAACCUUCCCCUCUGCUGGAAAAUGGACUGGACAUUGGCUUGGUGACAACUUCAGCAAGUGGCAGUACAUGUACCUCAACAUUCAGGGCGUUCUGCAGUUCCAAAUCUACCAAAUUCCGAUGGUUGGCGCUGACACAUGUGGAUUCAACGACAACACCGAUGAGGAGUUGUGCAACCGUUGGAUGCAGCUCUCGGCAUUCACACCCUUCUACAGAAACCACAACACCAAUGGUGCACUCCCUCAAGAGCCUUACCGCUGGGAAAGCGUAGCAGAUGCAUCCCGCAUCGCCAUCGCUGCUAGAUACGCGAUGCUGCCGUACUGGUACACGCUUUUUGCCAACUCCUCUAUGGCUGGUCUUCCGCCUGUCAGGGCGUUGUUUUACGAGUUCCCUGAUGAACCUGAACUUUUCACAGUAGACAGGCAAUGGCUCAUUGGAAGUGACAUUCUCGUGACUCCGGUACUGACACCAGGAGCUACGACCGUCGACGGUAUCUUCCCGGGCCGCGGUAGCGUGAUCUGGCGCGACUGGUACACGCACGCCGUCGUAAACGCUACGUCUGGACAAAACACGACGCUAGAUGCUCCCAUUAGUCACAUCAACGUCCACAUCCGCGACAACUCCGCUCUAUUAUUGCACCAAGAGCCCGGGUACACGAUCUACGAGACUCGCGAAGGCCCCUAUUCACUGCUCGUGUCUCUCAACGCAGCAGGCACAGCAUUCGGUACUGCAUAUGUGGACGAUGGGAUCAGUUUCCCGCCUGGACCAAGCCGGAGACUCACGUUCCAGGCUGCCGAAGGCACGCUUACGAUUGAUAGCAAGGGAGAAUAUGAGAUUCUGCAGAUGUUGGAGACGAUCACUGUGCUUGGGGUGCAGAAGCCUACCCAGGUCUCAUUCCAGGGAUCGCCGGUUGACGGGUGGACUUAUAAGGAGGCCACUGAAGAGCUAGUGGUGUCGAACACCUCUGCCAACCUUAAUGGGCAGGCGACUUUGGUGUGGAGAUAGUUUUUCUACGGCAUAUUCAACCACUGGACAGAUCGCGCAGUGCGUGAUUACAAGAAACAUUCACUACUGGCGUCGUCGAUUUUGGAACGACUAAAAUUGGAGCAUGACACGCAAACUUGGACCCGUGCUACGUAGCUGCUUCAGCACGAAGACCUCUAAAUAUUAUAAUAGAAUUUCGGAUCUGUUUGGAACCGCUAGAAAUACAGCAAGGCCUGCAAUACAAUCGCGAUGGAUGUCAUUGGAUGAUGCAUGCAUUGCAGCGUUGUAGGCGAUAGAUUGGUGAUAAGUAGCCGGGAUCCGGGUGAGCAAGUCGAGAUUGAGAGGAACGUUCUAUACACAGCAACCAACAGCAAAACAGGUCCACUGCGUGCUAAAAGGUUUUAAUUGUGGACCCCAUCUAAGU